AUGGACCCAGGAAAUGAUACAGGAACUUCACAAUUUCUUCUUAUGGGAUUUUCAGAAGAACCAGAACUGCAGCCCCUCAUAUUUGGGCUUUUCCUCUCCAUGUACCUGAUCACUGUGUUUGGCAACCUGCUCAUCAUCCUGGCCGUCAGCUCUGACUCCCGCCUCCACACGCCCAUGUACUUCUUCCUGGCCAACCUGUCCUUUGUAGACAUCUGCUUCACCUCCACCACCAUCCCAAAGAUGCUGGUGAACAUCCAGACUGAGAACAAAGUCAUAACCUAUGAGGACUGCAUCACACAGAUUUAUUUUUUCAUACUCUUUGCUGUGAUGGACGUCUUCCUCCUGAGUGUGAUGGCCUAUGACAGGUUUGUGGCCAUCUGCCACCCCCUCCACUACACGAUCAUCAUGAACCCCCAGCUUUGUGGGCUGUUGGUUCUGGUGUCCUGGAUCAUGUGUGUCCUGAAUUCCUUGUUACAGAGUUUAAUGAUGUUGCGGCUGUCGUUCUGUACACAGGUAGAAAUUCCCCACUUUUUCUGUGAACUCAAUGAGAUGCUCCAGCUUGCCUGUUCUGACACCUUUCUUAAUAACGUGGUGAUGUAUCUUGCAGCUGUCCUGCUGGGUGGUGGUCCUUUUGCCGGGAUCCUUUACUCUUAUUCCAAGAUAGUUUCCUCUAUACGUGGGAUUGCAUCAGCUAAGGGCAAGUUCAAAACGUUUUCCACCUGUGCAUCUCACCUGUCGGUUGUGUGUUUAUUUUACUGUACGAUGCUUGGCGUGUACCUUAGCUCUGCUGCUACCCAGAGCUCCCACUCAAGUGCCACAGCCUCGGUGAUGUACACGGUGGUCACGCCCAUGCUGAACCCCUUCAUCUACAGCCUGAGGAACAGAGACAUAAAGAGUGCUCUGAAAAGAAUUGUUGGGGUUCAAGUGAUGUAA